UAAAAUUCUUAACGCAAACAAAUUUAAUUUAUUGUAGUUGAACCAAAACAACAAACUUCCAAUAAAGACUAAACAUGUUGCCGCUCUUCUUAGUGCAUCACAGCAGUGUUAACAAGUGCAUCUAAAGCCCAACUAAAUAAAAAUAGAUGUAAUUUUUUAUGCAACAUGAUAUAACAAAGCAACAGCAGAAAAAUCAACAACAACAGCAAUUUAUCCACAAAGAACUGAUACAAUAUUUAUAAAAUAAUUAUUGGAAAGAUUAAACAAGGGGAAAAAUGCAUCAGGUACUAAGUUAUGAAACAGCAGUACGUGCCAAUAAUGUGUCCGAAUAUCGGAAAUAUGUCACUAAACGGACCUGCAUAAUUUUGGUGGUAACAAUUGGAUUUUUUACGCUGAUAUCGGGUUAUUUACUGGGAAAUUUCGUGUCGGAACGCAAAAAUCACAUACGCAUGCUGCUGUCAAAAAAGCCCAUUAGUUCUCCGCCAGAUGAUAAAACAUCACAUACAAUCGAUAUCUCAAGUACCGAUUACAUGAAUCUACAAGAACUACACGCCUAUCAAAAGACCAAAACUAAACUCUUAGCAUCCGCUCAAGCGCUUAGUAAGCUACUGCAGCGUGAUGAAAGUUAUCGCUCAACCUCUUUGAAUACGGAAAUUUUCAACAAGUACAUAUCGUGCACCCAAGACGUACCACCCAAUACGAAAAUCGAAACCAGCCAAUUUAUUGAACAACUGGUUGACAACACAUCGGCCAGACAAAGAGAUUGCAUGCGAAUAAUACAAGUCAUAAUUGAAAAUAAUUUAAUAACGACUUAAGCAGAUAAAUGAUAUUAUUUUUUAUACCUCUCUUAGAAAUUAGUAGCAGUGUUCACGGUCUCAAGUAUUAGACUGCAGUCUACAGUAAAUUUUUAAAAUAUUUUUUUUAUCCAAAAUGUUUUCGUGAAUAAAAAUCGUUUGUGCUUCAGAUCGUAAA